AUGGAAUUGACAAAUAGCAAAACAUUUUUGACCAAUAUCUACGACUCACUGCUGCAACUCAUUUAAAAUCAAAAGAAAAGAGUGAAAGCAUUAAUCAACUUAAGUGCUUUUGACUAAUCCAACAUUGUCAUGAAGCAGUGGGUCACAAAAGACUUUGCUGAUAUCAUUAUCUAAAUGGUGUAGUCGAUUGGGUAUGAUCCACUCAAGAAUAUUUUAGAUAUCAACGCAUAAUUUGCACAAGAGUAUGCUGAACCAUUAAUUGAAGUUUACUUUAAGCAGAGUUAAAAAAUGCAGACACUUGAUCUCACUCAGCAUAACUUCAACAUAUAGAUGCUGUCAAAUUACUCAGAGACAGCAGAAAAUAUCCAAUUCGACAGAAUUAUUAAAGUUAAUGAUUAUAUAAUUACUGCUGAAUUCAGAGAUGGUUAAGAAUGUAGAUUGCUUGACAGAGAUUUGAAUUUAAUUUAAAAAUUAGAUUUAAAAGCAGAAAGAUUGCUUUAAAUAAAUAAUGAGAUACUUUCUUACUGCAAUAACAAAAUAAGCAUUAUCUCUGGACUGAAAGAGAAUGACAUUAAAAUAUAAAAAGAUGUUUACAAGACAAAUCAUUUUCCACAUUAAAUGGUUUAGAUCAAUGAUGACAUAUUCAUGACAGGGUAAUUAGAUGGAUCAAUCUAAUUAUUCAGUCUAAGCAAACCAUCAUUCUCACAAACAUUCAGAAUCAAUUAAUUUACUUGUGUAUAUGAUAUUUGCUUGAUUGCUCAGAAAUAAAAUGAAAAUACUUAUGCUGUUGGUGAUAAUGUUAAUGGAAUAGCAAUAAUUAAAAUAAUUAAGAAGAGAGACUUUGCUUUUGAAUUAAUUGAAGACCCACAAAGAUUAAUUGAUAAAGGAGAUAUUGAUUCAAUUAUAUUAAUAAACUAAAAUACUCUUGCUUUUACUUGUGAAAUUGAUGGCAAUCAUUACUUAAAGAUAUAUAACAUUGAGUUAAAGAAUUAGAUUAACAGUAUUAAAUUAUAAUCUUGGUCAUAUCUCUAUGGGAUAGAUGGGUAUGACUACGAUUUGAAUCCAUUUGCUUUUAUCAAAGAACUCAAUUAAGUCUCAGUAAUUAAUUUUAGAAAUUACCAAAUAGUCAAAGUUGUUGAUUCAGAGUUUAGUCAUCGUUUAAAUAAAAGUCAAUGCUUGGUGAGCAUGAAACUGAAUGAUGAAACUGGGAACAAGUACAAGCUCUACGAUGUGCAGGUUACAAAGUAAGAUAGUUAAUAUGUAUCCAAGCUAAGAGAAAUUAUCAUCCAAAUACCUUGA